CUUUCUUUCGAGCAGACAUAACAGACAAAGCCGGUCUUUUGUCUAAAAGGAAAGGACAAGCGAAAUUGACGAGGUACUUAUAUAAGUAUACUGCCACGACUAAACCACGACCGUCCAAACGAAUAGUAUGCAAAAAGAUCAAGCUGCUCUACGUUCCUCCCCUCCAUUUCCAUCACCGGGUUCUUCAUUUCUACCACCUCCCACACCUGGACCACACGAAUUCGCUCGUAGGAAAUCAUCAAAGAAAGAUUUUGAAGACGUUACUACCGCUGCCAAUGGCCUCAACAGCGGUCAGGCCACACCAAACGGCGCGGUAAGUCCCCAACGAGCGUCUCUGGCUUUCUUCCGCUCCUUCCUUCCGCGCUUUAUCAUUUCCAUGCUGAACGUUCCUCGUUCUCUCUUCCACCUACUACCCUUCCAGGAAUCAACUCCAACAACAGAAUCUCCAAGUACAUCUUUUCUAGAUCCUCCUCCUCGAUUGUUCGACUCCCACGAUACAGAAGACCACAGCCACCGUCUAAGCACCCAUUCCGUCACUUCUCUUACCUCCUCCCGUCCCGCACCACCAUCACCAGCAAUCUCCCGUCGUGCAUCAGGCUUAUCCCGUACCUCCUCAAAAUCUCGUUCUCGCCCAGUCUCAGACGCCAAUUCUCGCCUACAACGCCCCAUAUCCGCAGCACUCUCCCCCAAUGCAGCACUCUCUCGCACACCCAGUGGACGUCGUACCAAAGAUCUCCUCGGCAUGUCAGCAGUAACAGAGAUCAAAGGCAAAGAACCAGAUAUAGCACCCACCGAGACUAGAAUCCUCAUUAAAAUCCGCGACUUUGCGUUUACGCCUUCAGAUCCGCGGUUCUCUGGUGAAGGAUCGAAUGUACCCCGUGCAAAUCGUCCCAAAGUCCUUGCUCGCCGUUUACGCGGGUCGUCCUCAUCGACGUCCUCUUUGAUUUCCACGUCAUCGGCAGAAGAGGAAGACGAGCAGUGGGAAGAUGAGAGUGAUAACAAUGGUUGGGGAGGUUUCAAGUGGGGGUUUCAGAAAUUGCAAUCUGGUUGGGGCCUUGGGUCGCAUUCCUCGUCUUCCGAGGACUUUCCUUCGAGAACUGACUUUGCCCGUAACUUUGGAGAUGGCAGUGGUGAUGAUGAUGAGAGUGAGGUGUAUGAGGAGCCAGAUGAGUUUCCUGAGAAUCAAGACGAAGAUGAGGAGAUGGAGGGAGAGCCCAUGUUAAGCCCUGGCCUUUACCGUGCACUGUAUUCCUUCGAGCCAGAAGGAACUGCGGAGAUGAAGCUUGAUGAAGACCAGAUCGUCCGUGUGGUUGGACGAGGCGGUGGAGUUGGAUGGGCUGUGGUUGUGAAAGAGGACACUGGUUCGCAUGCCCUCGUACCGGAGAGUUAUCUAGAGGUCGUCAAACUGGACGGGGACGAUUAAGACUGAGAGUUCGUGCAGGCACGAGCUACGUGGUUUGUAUCUUCUAUCAUCUUCGUUCUUGCGAUCACUUUCUUACGCUUGCUAUUUCUCUUGUAUGU